AUGUCUGGCGACCCGGGAAACCGGAGGUUGCUUCCUCAAAAUUCCCAGAUGCAAAACUUCGCAUAUGCGCCGAAUAAUUUCGGGCAGCGAGAAAAUCAGAAGAAUUAUGUAUUCGUUGACGAACACAACCGCCACAAACGUCUAAAGGUAAUGCGCGCCUGUGAGGGAUGCAGAAGGCGGAAGAUCAAAUGUGAUGCGGCAACGACCAACACCUGGCCAUGUUCGGCAUGUAUUCGGCUGAAGCUCCAUUGCGUCCCACCAACUGUCAACUAUGAUCGUGACUUCCCCUCAAACUCACAAUCUUUCGAUCCAGAGAGGAGUAGCUACGAAGCUGGAGGAAAUAGCGAGGAUGAUUACCAUCAACAGGUUUCCAUGCAACAACAACACCAUCAGCUAACCGCGGCCAACAAAAAUAUCCCUCCAGUAUACGCGCAGCAGGUGACUUACGCUGAACCUCCCAGCGUUUACCAGUCAGUGCCUUAUGGUGGGCCUACUUCACAUGGCCAACCCGGCAUUCAAUAUAAUAGCCUACAACCAUCAGUUGGGAUAAUCGAUCAGAAUCAACACUAUGCCGCUCAAAAUGUCUUCCCCACACCACCUCUCCAAGGAUCGCACCCAGAAUCACCCGAAACGUACCAUCAGGACCAAUAUGGGCAACAGGAUUUGUCUGAUUUACUGGGAGAACUCAAAAUGAACGAAGCUGGCACAGCUCCAUAUUUAAAUAAGAACAAGGUCAAGUCAGCCAUUGAAGAGCCAGCAUUUGAGGAUGUUGAUGAGUUCAAAGACGUCUUGCCGCCUUCAAUACCCGGUCCAGAUCUCAAGGUGAGAAUACCACCAGAAUUGAUGCCGGACGAAGAGACCAUCCUGCAGUACUUCGAUAUGUACUUCACGAAUGUCCAUCCGUACGUUCCAGUCCUCAACAAACCGCUCUUUUACCACCAGUGGCAUACGAAUCGAGAAGCGAUUUCGCCUCUGGUUCUUGAGGCUAUUUUUGCCAUAGCAGGACGACUAGCGGAUGAGCCAGCACAAGGGCAUCAGUGGCUAGCUCUUGCCUCUAAGCAUGCGGAUUCCUUCAUGGAUACUCCACGAUUGAGUACCCUUCAAGCAACGUUGAUGAUCCUAAAAGCACGAGAGUCGGCACCAAAACGAGGGUACUACUUCCGGUCCUGGAUGACAGUUGUGCAAUGUGUACAAAUGGGCAAGGAUUUGGGUCUAGAUGAGCAUUACGAAGACCACAAGGCAGGCAAACCGUGCGGUUUUAACAUCGCAGACUGCAUAACCAAAACCCGGAUAUGGCAAACAAUCUUUAUCUGCGAGCUAAUGAUCGGUUCACCACAAGGGCGCACGGAUCUCGCAGUCGACAUGGACACAUUAGAUCUGAGUGUGCCAAGACCGUCACCAGGGCUUGAAGACUCGGAAUUCAGCAUGUCACGCAACUUUACUUAUUUAACCAGGGUAGUACGAAAUGUCAGGAGAAUGAACAAUGUUUACGCGAAAAUAAAGAAAAAGAAGGACUGGGGAAUCGAUCCCGACUUUGUACAACUCAAUCCCUCUUUCGAAACUUGGAUGAACGAUUUGCCAUCGGACCUACAAGUCACAUUCUCUUCAGAUGGAUCUCCGCCAUGGCUGCCCUCCCAUUUCAUUGGCAACCUCCACUCGUACUAUUACCUGAGUAUCAUAAUGCUGCAUCGACCGCAGCUUACAUUUAUGGAGCCAACGGGGAUGGAUGGGGGUUGGAAGCACCACAUGAUGAUAUGCUAUUCAUCGGCGAAGCUGUUGUGUAGAUUGCAAGAGGGUAUCCUGCAAACUUUUGGCAUGACCGGGUUGUUGAGCAUGCAAAGGGGAAUCAACUUCACAAUUUAUUGUAUUUUGACAUGCACAGUCCUCCACCUGGUCGCACUCACAUCACCAGAUCCGGAUUUGAAUGGGGAUGCUCGGGAAUACUUUACUCGGCACAUGCGAAUUCUGGAGAAAUGCACUAGCUCCUGGCCGAUGCCCGAUAUGCAACAACAAAUCGAUGCCCUUCGACAGGCGUUCUCAGCUGAUAUCAGGAAGCCAUUUGUGUUAAAGCCAAGCUUCCCCUAUGGCAGUCCAGGGGCACCCGUGAACACAACCCCUCCCCGGCCUAACCACCAAUACCGCAACCUUGGAGCACAUGCAGUUACACUAGACCAACAAAACAUAGGGCACCAACAUACACAGCCAUCUCAACCAGUUAGUUACCCAAACCAUCCUAUCUCACCGCCGAUCUCUGCCGGUGGAAUUACGGACACCAAGAGUGACUCUCCUGCUGCACAGUCUUUGAUGAUGAUGGGUUCCCAGCGAGGUCCUCAGCAAUCGAUGGCAAGCGGGGUGCCGACCGUCGAGUCAAGUAGUUGGAACCCUACGAGACUUUUUGACCAGUGGAACUCAACGUUUGGUACGCCUCCCGCAUCCAAUGCUUCCGCUCCCCCGCGAACUCCUCUAAAACUACCCUCUUCAGGUGCCCAGGAAAUCCCAACAAUCUCGGAGGUGCAGACUGUUUCAGCCGCGAACCUCGCAGCAGUUCCUCAUCAAAUUCCUCCACAGCAAUACUCGGGAGCUCCGAUACCAUCUUUCGUCAGUCCCAGCAUGUGGCAAGAGUCGGUGGCCAGCGUCUAUGAGGGUGGGUUGAAGAGACAUUGGGGCUAUGAUGAUAACAGUAUGGUCAGUGCAGCAAAACGACCACGAUGA